AUGUCUUCGAAUCCUACGAGUCAUUUUAUUACCUUACCGAAUCGUCCAAUUGUUCAGACAAAUGGUCAAACUACUCAAGGUCCACUAGAACUACACUAUUGGGAAUGGAAAGGCCAUCAACCGACAAUACUCUUCUGUCAUGCUGCUUCAUUUCAUGGUCGAUGUUAUGAUCGUAUUAUAAACGAAGCAUUACACGGUUAUCAUGUGAUUUCUUUAGACUUUCGUGGUCACGGUCAAUCACAAAAACAUCCACCUCCAUAUCGUUUUCGAUGGCUCGGUGAAGAUAUUUUACAUUUGAUAGAAGUAUUAAAUCUUCCAAAAAAUAAUCUUAUUGGUAUUGGUCAUUCAAUGGGUGGAUAUGCCUUAACUAAUGCUGCAGCAAUAGCACCAACAAAAUUAUUUCGAUCUCUACUUCUAUGUGAUCCUGGUAUAGUUGUUCAAUCAUUAUAUGGUGUUGGUGAUAAAAAAUUGGAGUCAGUGGAAUAUAUUCUUCGUCGUAAAACUCAAUGGUCAUCUCUUGAAGAUAUGAUAUCAAAAUUUGAAAAACGUUCACCAUUUUCACGAUGGCCAAAAGAUAUUCUACGUGAUUAUUGUACUUAUGCAAUUGAUGAAGAUUAUAAACUUAGAUG